AUGCUGGACGAGCGCUCACAGUCGAGCGUUUCGCUCGACAGCUCGGGCGGAGGGGCAGCGUCCUCGUUUCGAGACCCUGAGGGAUGUCCUCCACAGGCUGCCGCUCCAAGCAACCCAGACUUGGAGAAAAACUGCGCGUUCGACGAGAAUUCGGAGAAGACACUUCCCCCGGUCGUCGCAGCCUCUCGGGUGUCUGAAAACACUACAGAACGGAUAGCUACCGAGGAUUCCCACGUCGCCCGUGAGGAGAUUUUUGACAGGACCGCCUCUUCUUCCGCUUCAGAAUCCUUUUCGGAAGCAGAGCUUUCGGCUUCAGAGUUGACCUACCCCCCGGAGGCCUCGAAAGAGACUCUGCUGCCGACCCUUUCACCCGCGAAAGAGAUGUCGCCUGCUCUUGCGUCGGAGGCGAUGCACAAUGAAAGUCAGAACUCUCCCGCUUUCGCGUCUCCUGUCGGAAGUCGCUCCAGCUCCCCGCUUCGCUCUCCGUCCUUCGCGUCUCUUGCACGCUCCUCUCAGAUGGGACCACCGUCCUCCGAGCCAGUGUCGUGUCUCAUCUCGCCACCAUCGUCUUCGUUUAUUCCGGUAGAUCCCGCAGAGCCGGUCAGAACUGCCAAUCUCACUAGCUCCGCCAGUGCCGCGUCUUCCCCGUCUCCGUCUCGAGCUCCGCAGCCUCGCCUGGGCCGCGCCCAAGAGGGGGCUCCUGCCGCUUGUGGAGUCACCGCGGCGACGGCGCCUGCUGGGUCUCCCGAGUACUUCGAAAUCUACACUCCCGUCGCUGUUCCGGGGGAUGGGACGGAGACGGGAAGCUCGUUUCCUCGUGGUCCCGACUCCGCACCUACUUCUCUGCGAGGUUCUGUUGUUUCAUCCUGUUCAUCUGGGACGGCUGGGCGGACUGGAGUUCCGCGGGGCUCUUUGACUUCUGUUUCGGCGGCCAAGCCUGGACACUUCCCUUCUUUCAACGACUCGAAUCGGCAGUCUCUCACUUCGUUAUCUUCUGUCUCCGAUGCCUCGGACACCGCCGCUGUCUUUCUCAGCCACCUGCGAAAGGAGACUGGUGGACACAGAGAGGGGACGGCGGGCUGUGGAGACCUUGGGCGCGCUUCACGCUCUUCCUCGCCCGUGUUGUGUGGGGAGGGACGCGGGACAGGCCCGGUGGAGAAACUGACGCGCGCCUCGCGCCUGGCCUCCUUCGAGGGUAGUCUUCUCCAGCCUCUCCCGACGGGGGCAAGCACAACCGCCAAGGAAGAACCACGCACUUCCGCCGAGAAGGGCGAACUUCCAGUUUUUCUUCUUGAGGGCAACAGAGACGGAAAGACGCUCCAGGAACAUAGUGAAGAGCGCCACGGGCAAGAGGGCCCUUUCUCGCAGCUUUUGGCUGAUGCCACCGCAGAGCUACGCGAUGAAGACGCGCAGGUAGAAGAGCGAGGAGGCGAGGACUCACGCUCACUCUCGAGGGACGGGGAGGAAAGCCGUCUUCAAAGCCUCGUUCAACACGCCUUCAACUGCCUCAAUGGGGACGAGAGCUCCCCCUCUCUCGAGGAAGUCUCCGCUGAGGCCCGAGGUCACCGCGCACGCAGAAGGAGACAGUCCGUCCCUGGCUUCUUCGGUUCACAAACCUCAGACCGACUCCCCUUGCCGCGCACCCGAGACGUUUCUGUGCCCCGCGGCAGACGAGAAGUGGAAGGUCACUCGCCCUAUCGGGUAAACUGCCGGAAUGUCCUGUCGAUGUCGCUGCGCGAAGAGUCGGAGACAGAGCUUUCCAUUGCGUUCAAGCAGAGUUUGGGGCGGUUUGACGCCCAAGAGAACUCAGCCGAAGAGAGCGACAGAUCUGCGGUGGAAGGCGGCGCUGGGGGGUUCGAAAAGAAUCAGUUGAGAGAAGCGACCUCGCUUUUCCUCGAGGACGUCCAAGACAUUAUCGAUGUGCUCUCGGGUCCUCAAAGGGCGAGUGUCGAAGGCUCGGAACAACGGUUUGGAGGGCUCGAGCAGACGCAUGCAAAGUCCGAUUCGCUUUUCGAGGACCAGGCACAGAGCCUGGAGCGACGGGAGUUGGGAAAGGUCACCUGCUUCAGCAAAGAUCGCCUUUCUUGCGGGGAUGUGUCUCUGCAAAACGUGGAGCGCGAACUGCGACUCGCGGUGGGGUUUGUGGCCCCGCAGCUCUCGGCCGCUCCUUCAAGGCCUGCGGUGUCUGCGGGCCUCGGCGACGACCCUUCACAGCCAGGGAAUGAAGCGAACCGAGCAGCCACUCAAAGUCCGGUUCCUCGACAGCGAGGGUGUCUCCCUCUGCAUGCGCCUACAAGUGUCUCUCCAGCCCAGCACCGACCUCUGCCGUGUGCCGUGGGCUCGUGGACCAGCAUGUCGCACCCCGGAUUAUGUCAAGAUAGCCAGACUGUCAGAGCCUCUGCUUCUGUCUCUCUUCUGCCUCGUCUUCUUCCAUCUCCGUCGUCUUCUUGUUUGCCUUAUGGCCUCGACACGAAACCCUUCUGCCCUCAAAUUGUGCUGCCGUCUCCUGCCUCGUACGCCUCGCGGCCUUCUCCUGGAGCCCCAGAGAUAUUCCCCGCCGCGCCGCAAUCUCCUUUAAAAGACGCGAGGCAACACGGCGCUGUGGCGAGUCCCCUUUCGGCUGUCUCCCCGAGUUCUUCCGGCUCGGGCCAGAGCGACGCCUGCGUUUGGGGCGCCUGCGCGGACAGCUCGGGCGCCCUGUUUAUGACUGAGGAGGAGACUGCUCAGCUGUGGAAGGAGGCUAAAUACAGCAACGCGCUCCUGGACUACGUCGCGGCGAUCUUCCGGCGAAUGGUCGAGCUCCGCCAGCUCCUGGCUCCACAUGGCGAGCCUGUUCCGUCGCCGGCGGCAGAGGACGAGGAUCUCAUUAGUGGGAAGGAAAUCGCAGAUUUCUGGAUGACUUACGCACCUCUCCAGAACGACCCGUACCCGCACGGGGUCGAGCCGCGCCUCGCUUCUUCCUCGCCGAGACCUACUGCCGAGCUCCAUCUGGACGCUGGGCGCUUAGCGAGAGUCAUUGCUGGCGAGGAAGGUUUCGUCGACCUUGUUCGCUUCACGCGGCUCGUUGCGCUGAUCGACGGAGACAUUCCCCACAGCCUGCAGAGCGCUGCGGGUCUGCUGCGGCUUCGCCUCAUUUUCCUCUUCUUCUCUGACCUCCCGAAUGCUCGUGCACCUCUCGGCGCGGGCGUGCGAGAAGGGCCAAACCUAGACCAGGAAGGAAAAACGAAACUCGUGCACUGGCGCGAGUGGAACUGGACAGGCUUCAGGCACGCGCUUCUCCAUACCCCCGCGGUGACACAAGGCGGCGUCGCAGCGUGCCCGACCUCGCUGCGUGCGGCUCUUGCGGCGCUCGGAAAGCCUGGGCGUUCUGUAGCGACUUUUGCGGAUUUCCACGCGCUGGUCGCGCGUCUGGUUGUCCGCGGAACCUCGCGGCUCUUCCGCAUCAAUCUCUUUUGCAUGAAAGAAGGCCCCGACGGUUUGCACCGUGUCCCGCGAUUCCCUCUCGACAGCCUCCCGUACCCGCCCCUCAUCGUUCGCCGCCGCGUUCUCUGCUGCACUGUCCCCACAUGUCCCUGCCAGCAGGGCGGGCCGUGCGCCACUGCGGCUGCCGUCGAGGCCCAGGAGACAGGAGACACCCUGCCGAAGCGAACGGUGGGGGGAUGUGUGUCUUGGGUCGCGAAGCCAGAAGACGGCAAGCGCGCGCCCGACAGUGCAGGAGCCCAGAGUGCGUUGCGAGCGAAUUCCCUGACCCUCCCCGUCGCCGCCCAAGGUGUCUCAGGAGUGGCGUAUAUCUCUCCUGUGGCCGCGGGCUCCAAUCUUGGAGGGACGGCCGGUGCGGCCUUGCCGCCUCCUCCCCACUUGAAAGCCGACUCGCGUUCUCGCAAUCUUCCCACGGGCCCCACGUCUCCUCUCCACCCUUCAGGCUCUUUCCAGGUGUCUCCUCUGCUCCUCGGUGUCCCCUCCCAUCUUUCCGCGCCUCACGUCCUGGUAGAGGAGACAGACCUAGUCGGCGCGCAGGCACUUGGCCACUUGCGGGCCGCAUCCUCGGCGGGCCUCGUGCACCCUGCCCUCUCGGUGGCUUCGACGCGUCCAGUCCCCGGAGUCGCGGGCAUGCCGAGUUUUGUUUCUCCUCUCGCCUCGCACCAGGACACGCACAACGUUCAUCCAGUCCCCGGUGCGCCUUUGCACCCUGUCUUGUAUCCUUCGGGAGCUCUCUCUGGUCCUCUUGAAAGGGCGCGAGAAGGAAGCGAGGGCGCGCCUGUGUUGCUGCAUGCGCCAAAUCUCCUGCUUCCACUUCCGACGCACUCCGCCACUGCAUCGGGUAUCGCCGCUUCUCUGACACCCCCUCAGUCUCUGCCUCUCGCUUCUUCUGGUCGGCCUUGCGGAGGAUCAGGCGAGCACUUUUCCGCUUCGCCUUUCCAUCGACAGCCGAUCUCUAGCCCGCGACUCGUGUACGCGGGCGAAACGUCCCCUGCGCCUCUUGUUUUCUCCCCACAUCCUCAGACAGCCAUCGAGAAGAGAGUGACGGAAGAACCAGAAGCUGUGCUGUCGGGUCUUCGGGCGCCAGGAGGCCUGGGCUGUGGAGACUCCGUCGAGAUCAGGGCUCCGGUUGUUAUUCCCAACCAUUACAAUCCCCUGGCGCGUGACUGGCCUUCCCCGGUCGCUGUUCGCAAUCCUGCUUUAGAGUCAGAAACCCGAUCGCAACUGCAGUUCUUCCCGCACCCUAGCGCCUCCUUCGCCGCGACUCCGGCCGCGAUUGCUCCUUUUCAAAGUGGAGACCAACCGCCUCUGCCCCGCGGCGCCCCGUCAGGGGUCUCUUCUCUGUCGCCGCGGCCGUUGGGCUUUGCUGCGGUCGGAGAGGGCGCGACCGAGCUCCGGGGCUUUCCCGCGCGUGCGCGCGUCGUCGCAGAAGUCUGCUACGAGGCCCGACACAAGAACCUAUUUGACCGAGUCCCCCUCCUGGGCUCAGACUUUGCAAACCUCCCCGUGCUCGAUGUGCGCCAGGUCGGCAGCGACGAGAGCGAGGGCCUCUUGAGACAUGCGAGGACUCACGCGUGUCUCCAAGAGGCGAGAGGCUCUUUAGGGGCGGCGCUUUGCUCUGAGCGCGGACGCCCGUGGGGCCGCGAACCGCGAGAAACACACGCGAGGUCGCCUCCUUUCGCGCCGCUCACGGCUGCCUCUUCCUUCACAUCUUCACCUCUCGACGCGGAUCGCGUUGGAAACGCCCAAGACCGAGACGGAGGCCCAAGCCCGAUGCCGAGUGGCGUGGGGGGGCUGAUGAUUGCAGCGAGGCCGGUCCCGACCUCUACCUCCCCGCGCCCGUCGUCUUUCCUUCCUCCGCCUCUUCCUCAGUCGAGAGGAAACAGCGAGAGACGCCGCGUGCCGUCUCUGUCUCGAGUGCCGGUGCCGGAGACUGAGCAGCGGCCGAGCAGAAGCGUCAGUCCGGACUCCGAGCGCUGGCUGCGGCGAGGGACUCCAGCUGAGGAACGGCGCAGCCAGUCUCCGCAUCUCAGCGAAGCGAAGGCCUUCAAUGGAAUCCCCGGCGUCUCCUCCGGAGAACCUCUAGGCUCGGACGCUCGACGCGGCUCGGCUUCUGCAUGCGCCGAGGGCGGUCCUUUAGCUCCGCCUUGUUUGGCCUCUCCGGAGGCGCAUUCGCCGCUGCAUGUGCAUCGGCCUCGGGCGCUCUGGAUGAGGGACGCGAGUCGUGGAAGAACGGAGCGCGAGGCAGGGCGAUCUCUUGAGCGUCCGCAAAUCCGCCCGUCGGAAGAGGCAGGAGACGGUCGCAGACCCGCUCGUUCAGAAUCAUCUCGCGAGAAAUGCCAUGAGGCUCCGCCUCUCGCGAGCGAGAGGACCGAGAACGCCUCGCUCGGCUCGCUUCCUGCGAAUCUCUCGCGCGAAGAACUCGACGGGUUGCAGCGAGGUCUGCGGUUGGCCAGCUUUGAGAAAUUCUGCAUCCUGCAGCGUCUGAGUCAGGCGGGGGGCGGGCCCCGAGAGACGACCCUCGAGGGGAAAGCUGAAGAGACACCGGACGCGGCGGGCGACCGGCUGUUUGUUCGGUACGAACUGGGGCGCGUCGAGCGGGAUUUCGCCGAGGCCAUAUUCGCCCCGUUCCUUUACACCUUUUGCUUUCUUCUCGAAAAGCGAACCGGGCCCCAGGCCGCGUCGGCGCCUUCCCUCCCAGCAUUUCCGCCCCAGGACGGCACGGCUCCAGUCUCGCCGCUGGGUGCUCUGCGCGUCCUCCAGGACGCGUUUGCCCUCCUCACGAAACCCGACGCGUUGUCCUCGCCAACGUCGCACGCGAGCAAAGACGCGCUCGACUUGGCCGCGGAAGUCGCGCGCGUGCUCUGUCCGGCGCCGUUUCGCCCUGGCCGAGUCAUCGCCUUCGUUUGCUGUCUCCACUGGCUGCGGGAGCGUGGCCGAACUCUGCGGCGCGGAGCGGAAGGCGCGCUCCAGGCCCCCGAAGAGGGCCUCGACGACAGCUACAGUCUCCUGCCUCUCUUGCCGUUCUCGCUCGGAGACCGCCUGGAGGCCAGCGAGGUCGCCCACGUGGUCGGUCCCUCCAUUCGGGCAGUCAUGCGGCAGAUGGAAGCAGGCUUCGACGCACUUCUCUCGGGAGCGCGCGAGGGAGAAGAAGCCCCGGCGAGGCAGGAGCAGCGCGCCCCCGGACUCGCCGAGGGCGGGCGAUGCCCAGCCACUCACGAGGCGCACCGAGAGUUGAGCGAGGUCGGUGUAGCGGAGCCUUUGAACGCCAAGAUGCGCGGCAAGUCGGCUGCCUGGUCGAGAGACGAGGAGCUCGAGAGAAGAAUGGCGACAAGGACAACUGCAGGGGACUCUCGGGGAUGGAGUUGCCUGAGCUUCCAGUCUGUCUCGGCCUCCCACGGCGAAGCGGGCCGCACAGGCACCGAAGACGCCGACCAGUUCUCUGCCUGCCAAGUGCCCGUGGCGGCGUCGGAUAAAACCGCGUCCCUUCCUGGAAAGGCGACGCACGCCUCGGUGCUGUCGUGUUUAAGUGCGAUUCCUGCGUGUGGGUCACCUGCCGCGCUUCGAGUUCAGAGCGCCGCGUUCGUACCCUCCUCUGUUGUCGCGCGGCCUGCGUCCGCGUUCUGCGCGCCUCUCGGGCCAUUCUCUGCGCCGGGCGUGAGCCGCCGCGCACUGCCCCAGAGGCUCCAGAGCGCGGGAGAGAAAGACCGAGACAGAGGCCUCGGCUCCUCCCUAUCGAGCGCCGAGAGUCUCCAGGAGCCUCGCCCGCGAUCCCGCGGAGGCGAGCCGACGUUCACAAGUUUGACGGCGCAGGCAGCGGCGAGUGCAGCUGAGAAGGUGGGUCGCCAGGUGUUUCGGGGCGAGAAGGAAAGAGACGUCGAGGAGGCAGAGUUUGGAGACGAGCGACGCGGCCUCGCGCUGAACAGGGGCGAAAACGACGAACAAGCAGCCACCCGACACGCGUCGGCAGGCAAAGGCAGAAGAGGCCUCUUGCCCACGCCGAAACCGGUUUUGCCGGAUCUCGGUGUCUUGACAGCUGGUGGCCGAGGAGAGCGCGGGCCGCUACCGCACGACGCGGCGUCCCGCCUCUCGAGUGCGAGCCGCAGCGUCUCUGGAAGCGAGGGGUUUGCUUCCCUUUCGAUGCAUGCACCCGCCCAUCUUCUGCAAGACGGCAGUUUCUCGGGCGCAGAAGGCCAGACCUGUGGCCCGACCCCGGAGCAGUCGCGCCCUCAAGGCCAUGCAAGCCACUUUGAAACGCUGCCGGAAAUCCGACCUUCUGACAGACUCCCGCGGAGCCGCCGCCCCACUCUGGUCCCCCCGCAGCGUUCGCCAGGCGCGCCCUCUUCUUCCGGCGUCUCCUGCUCUAGAGGUUUUCCCAGCGCUCCCCGAUCUGAAGCGAGUCAAGGCCUUUCCGUCCAGGGGUUCAGUCCCGAGGAACACGGCGCGCCUCGCUACUUCACCGCGCGUUUAUCGAGCGAGAGGAGCCGUCCAGUGACUCGUGGCGAGAACAACGGAGAGGGUUCUGCCUGCAUGUCCGACGAGGCGACGCUCCCGAGACGCAUGCACGAGCGGCCUGUGGCCGGCGCGAGACCGUCGCGCUCGUUGCUUUCUGACUCUCUCGGGUCUCUCGUCGAGGACAUUGUUGCGACGCCUCCCCUGAGUUACUCUGGGUUCACGACUCCGGUCGCGGGGUGUCCAGAACAGGCAGGCCUGAAAUCGACCGGAGGAGCAGGGGUGGGUCACCUUCCUUCUCUCAGCAGCGCCCCAGGGAGACAAGCGAGUCUCUUGUCCCCGGAGACAGAGGCCCAGAUCUGCCGGCACGCGCCUAGCUUCGUCUCGCCUCCGACCGCGAGGGCCCCUGAGGAGACAGGCCGCGCGAGUGGCGUCGGGGAAUCCCACCCGAGGACGACACCCGUCGGAGCCCGUCAAGCGUUCCGACAGGCCGCGUGGGCACCUUCGCAGGCUUCUGAGGCGGUUUCUGGGCCUUUCUCGGGUGUUGAAACGCGAAGGGAGUUGACAGAGCCUCAGCGGAGCUCACUGCCUCUCCGGCGGUCGCCCAGUCUCGUUUUCCGGACCUCGCCUCGCGCGGAGUCAGGUUCUGCGCACCAUCUUCCCGAGACGAAGGAAGAGACAGGAAAGCCGCAGAGCCUGAACCCUCACUGGAAGGCAGGAACACACGACUGCAAGUCGCGGCAGGGGAGGGACGCGAGGGCAGAAGAGGGCGGGAGAACGGUGGAAGCAGAGUAUUCGGAGAUUUCCCGAUGUGUCUCGCCUCUGGAAGAACUCCUGAUGGCUGAGAGAGAACUUUUCUUCUCACCAGCUGCACUCCUCACCGACUCUGCCCCGGAGACUCGAGGCGCAGUCUCGCAAGGCGAACCUUCCACCUGGCGGCACAGCGGACACAGAGAACAAGAGCGAGGAAAGUUGGCACGCGGCGGUGUGAGCCAGUCGCCGCCUUAUUCGCCGUCCGCUUUGUCCAACAGUUUAGCAGAGUUCUUUAUCGGACCCACGCGGCCGUCGUCUCUGCAUGCGGAGUGCUCGCCUGCGUUGCCGCCUCGGCCUUUCUCGCCCCCCUCUUGUGAGGUCCGCCUGGAGGCCCGAGUCAACGAAGGCGGCAACGACGCAUGCAUGCCCUCACUUCCUCCCCUUCAGAAGCUCUCACAGGCGGACUUGCUGGACCUGGACGAAGACGGCGAAGAGACCGCCAAAGACGCAGAGCCGGCAGAUGGACCUGUCGAGGGCCUGUCCACCCGAUUGAACGCCUCUGAGACGCGCGGCGCGGAGCCUGUCAACUGCUCGGCCUCACCUAGGCUGGCCGCCGUGCCAGCCGAAGGUUCAACAACUCCUUCGCCUCUCAGCACACUGUCGCGCUAUGCCUCUGUUUCGUCGCUUCCUCGCUCCGCGGCGGAUCGUCUCGGCUCCUCAUCGCUCCCGCCCCACACUGCCGAGACUGCACGGCAAGCGGCGGUCUCUGGCGAGGCACCAGCUGCGGCUCAUCUAGGCUGCAGCCGACUCCACGAGCAAGAAGGUGCGCGUGUCGGCGCUGAGACAUCCAAGCCUCCGCAGCAUUUCCUGGGAACUCGACUGGAUUUGGAAACCCCAAAAUCAGGAGACAUCCAAGGCGCCACAGCAGCCAUUGCGCAUGCAGCGGCUGUUCGAGCCUUUAAAGCGGCUCAGGAGAACGAGACUGCCCAGUGUCUUGAGGAGGGCCGCAUGGCUGUGGCAGCUGCGGCUGCGGCGGCUGCGGCCGGAGGCACGCGCCACUAUCAGGAAGAAACGGAAGGCAGUCUGGGACGCUCCAGGCGCCGCUCUUCUUUUCUCGAGGACCACUUUGAAGGCCAGGGAGAGAGGCGGGAAGGUAACGAGGCGGGGCGACUGGGGCACGUGCAAGAGACACCUUCGUUCUGGAAGAAACGCGGCCUCGCAGCGGCUGCUGCCGCCGCAGCAGAGGCCAGGGCGGAAAGGAGGAACCAGGAAAAGGAGUUGAUAUCGAGAGAUGCUCUCGUUUCGCAUGUGGGAAGGCCAGCCUGGGACCUCGAUCGCGUGUCCCCAGACGAGAGUUCCGAGGAAGCCUCGACCGCUGGAGGGUCUGCCCACGUAAGUUUUCGCCUCGGAGACCGCACGUGUGAGGGCGGGGAGGCCCCGCGAGUCCGUCUUUCCCAGGCACUCGAGAAUUCUGCGCAUGCGUGCGAAGAACAAGACGAGGACAAGGCUGACGUGCGCGCCGAUACUUUUCAGAGCCAGGAAGUCGAGCGAGAGAACGGACCUCUCGCCGGCUCCCAUCGUUCUCGUGAAAAACCCGUCUCGUCUGUUUCGCCUAGAGCCAAGGAAGACGGUGAAGAUGAGGAAGAGCUUUCCGCCACGGGGUUUGCGCAUUCCCCGCGGCACGCGGAGAUGGAAGUCACAGGGGAGAGAGAACACACCGGCCAGCUGUCCGAUUUGGCCGGAGAGCCAACCGACGGUGAGACCGAGAGACGCGAGAACGCGAAAGUGUCUCGGAAGGACUCCGACCUCUGGAAAGGGAAAGGUGAAUCGGUCAAGUUGCGAAGCGAAGUCCAACGAGGAGGCUGGGAGGAAGGCGACAAGAGUUGUGAACCCUUCGGCAGGCAUUCUCGAAAUUUGACUGUCUCUACAGAUGAUGCCAACGAGGGCGAAGAGCCUGGCUGUCGCCCUGGAGGGAAAGAUCCUCUUCCAGUCUCUCUUGAAGGCCGCGAAUUGGGCCAUGGUCGCGCUGAAUGUGAGAAACCCGCGUCACUGGGUGUUCCUGAUCCCCUUGCAGAUGAACAGUGA